AUGUGGAGAGAUUUUAUAGGAACACAAAAAUCUGAACCACCUUCAAUCUUAAAAAUUCGACGUUUUGAAGAACCUAUUAUUAGUACUACAUUUAUGCCUGUAGAUAAUUUACCCGCUCCAGUGAAAGCAGAUAAAUGCGAUAAUUAUAUUACACCACUAGGACUGAUUGAUGAUGAGAAUUAUCCUUUUGCCAGAUACUUUUUUCCGGGAAGAGAAAUAUUUUUGCAUAAAUAUGAAGAUGAAAUUGGUCCAUACUUU